UGAUCACCGCUGAUUACUGCGGAUCCGCUCGCUUAGUGACUGCUGGAAACGGAUCCAACAUGAAGAGAAUGAACCCUCGUUGGAAGUCUUCCCCGAUGUGGCCUUCAGGAGUGGGCAGCAGGCAGCCGUGUCCACGCGAGUCAGCGUUGCGCAAAGCGGCCAUCAGCGGUAAUGUGCUUGCACUGCCACCCUACCACGUUCCAACCGGCAGGAGUGUGCGCGUCUUCAUCUGUGCCAACCCAGACGAUACAGAGGCGGAAAGGAAUGCCUUAAAAGAACACGUCUAUCCCAAGCUGAGGGACUUCUGUAGAGAGAACUAUGGCAUUGAGUUCCAGGUGGUGGACCUAUACUGGGGCGUCGACCCGGAGGAGUGGGACAGCCCAGAACUACAAAGACUGCGGAUGAAGCUUCUGGAAGAAUGUCUAAAAACAUCUGCAGGUCCAUGCUUUGUUGGUUUGGUGGGGGAAAAGUAUGGCAGCAUUCGAGUUCCAGGAGAGGUAGAAUCGGCCGAAUUUGAGAUGAUUCUUGAUGCCUCAGUAGAAGCUGGUCUAGAUACACGGAUACUGGAGGAGUGGUACUGCCGUGAUGAGAACUCUGUACCACCGGCAUACUACCUCAAACCCAAAGCUGAGAUACUGAAAAGCUGUCAGAACUCGAUGGAGUCAAGCAGAGUUGCUAAGGCCAAGAAUGAGAAGGCAUGGAGGGCUGUCUCUGAGGAAAUCAAGAAAAUCUUCAGAACUGCAGUUCUACAUCUACAAGAGAAAGGAACCAUGAAGAGUGUGCAGGCCAAAAAAUUUAUAUGCUCAGCUCUAGAAGAUGAACUGGAUUUUGCUUUAGGGAAACAGACGCCAGCUUUCCUGAAGAAGUGUGUGUGUUACAUCCGCAAAAUUUCCAACUUUGACCGCUUUGCCAAGCUCCCAGAGAUGGCCCGCUACAUGGACAUUGUUGUGAGUGGGGAUCAGGUAAUGAGAAACCAAGAGGCCUAUGAGCGGCUUCUAAAAGUCAGAGACGAGUUCAUUCCUACAAUAGUUGCUGCAUCAAAUCUCCGUGUCUAUUCCUCAGUUACCCAUUGUGACAUGAAGCUGGGUUACUCCCAAGAAGUGGAGAGCCACUAUGUGGAGGGACUGUGUAAGCAGUUCUACGAGGACAUGGUGGACAUCAUUCAGGCUACCGUCCAACAAAACUUUGACACAGAAACAGAUCCACUGUAUGAUGAGAUCAUACAGCAUCUUUCACUCUGCAAGACCUUUUCCUCAUUUUACGUGUAUAAAAGUGAGACUCUGGAUAUGGUGCAGGAGUACCUGUACCCCUCCAGUGGAGGGAGAAUAACGCCCCUUGUCGUUUAUGGAGGACCCUGCACAGGGAAGACGUUUUUGCUUGCUGAAGUGGCUAAACAGGCUUACUCAUGGCUUCAAAAAGAAAUGGAACCAGAGACAGAUCCUGUUGUCAUUGUUCGCUUUAUUGGCUCGUCCGACCUCUCGACGGACCUCCGAAAUCUCCUUCAAAGUAUUUGCGAACAGAUUGCCAUCAACUAUCGCUGCCUAAUUCACUACCUACCCAACAAGAUUGAGGAGAUAAGAGAAUUACUGGUUAACCUCCUGGUAGAGUCUUCUUUUCAGCGACCUUUAGUUAUUAUCCUUGAUGCCUUGGAACAGCUGUCUGAUGCAGAUGAGGCCCGUAAGCUGUGGUGGUUGCCUGUUCAUCUUCCUAGUACUGUACGUAUUGUGGUAUCAACCUUGCCCAAUAAACAUGGGAUACUACAAAAACUUCGUUGCCUUAUCCACGAUGAGAACAACUACGUAGAACUGAUGCAGAGGGACAGAAAAGCAUGUAGCCAGACACUCAAACAGCAACUUUUGAGUGUCAAACGAAAGGUAACUUCAGGCCAACAGAUCUAUGUGAAUGAAGCACUGGCUAAAUGUACACUGCCCAUGUUUGUUAACCUUAUCUAUCGUGAGGUGGUACACUGGCGGUCGCACAAAGAUGUAGAUGAUAGAUCCCUUUGCUCAACAGUGCAUGAGAGUAUAGAACAUCUCUUCAUUUCCAUUGAAAAUAAGCUGGGCUCCCACUUUGUCUUCCGUGCAUUGGGCUACAUUACAAUGGCACGUGUAGGGUUGACCGAGGUGGAAUUGGAGGACAUAUUGUCUUUGGAUAACAGUGUACUUGGAGACAUCAUGAUCAGCUCAAAUUUGCAGAGUCCACUGCGAAUCUCAUACAAUCUCAUUGCUCUACUACGGGAAGAACUGGAGGGCUACUUGGUGGAGAGGCAGGUACGCAAUGUUACCCUGCUGGUGUGGGCAAACAGGCAUCUGCAUCUCAUUGCACAAAAGCUAUAUCUCAGUAAUGAGGAGGAUGUCCAUCAGAUGCACAGCCUUUUGGCCGAGUACUUUCUUGGCAUAUGGUCAGGUGGUAGAAAGAAGAUUUUCCACUGUGACAACAAUCACUUUGCCUCAUUAAACAUCUCUCAGCAUCAGAAUCCUCAUCACCAACAGAGCCUCCAUGACAAAGCCUCGGCUGACAAGCACUCUUAUGACCGGCAGACUCCAGAACAACCAUGGGUGUUCCAGUGCAACUUACUUGAGCCAGACAUUUUCUUUGUCAAUCACAGAAAAAUGACAGAAUUAUUAUUUCAUUUGACAAGAAGUGGACGAACAGAUGAUCUCAUGUAUGGUGUCGUCAUGAACUUCAGUUGGCUCUAUACCAUGCUUAAAAUUGGACAGUUUGACAAAGCCUUGUCAGACAUUGACAUGGCUUAUAGCUACUCACAAGAAAAGGAGCUCAAAUUUCUAGCUAGUACACUGAGAAGUAUAAAGGUCAAGGUGACCAAGAACCCUGCCUCACUGUCAGCUGAGCUUCAGCAAAGGCUUCUUCCUGUUGUUACUUCUCUUCCGAAACUUAGACAUCUCUUAUUAGAGUGUGACAAAGAUGGGCCCAAGUACUGUUCCAUAGUGCCAUUACACUCAUCCAUGGAUGUUACUUACAGUCCUGAGAGACUACCACUAUGUUCCAGUUACAUGCAGAUUGUAGAUAUUCUACCCACCUUGGCCCCUCAUAUUGCAAUUGUAGCCCUUGAGGACGGUUCUGUCAGUACAUGGGAUGUUGAGAGCAAACAGUUGCUGAGACAGAUAGACACAGCAAGAUCAGUUGUGCUUGGUGUUAGGCUUACCACAGAUGAGAAGUACCUCGUGGUUGCGACUACAAAGAACACACUCCUUAUUUAUGACAACCAUAAAUCCUGUUUGUUGUCUGAGGUGGAAGUAAAAGGCUCCAAGCAAUGUGGCAUUACUGGAGGGGUGGCAUUCAUCAAUGGAUUUACCUUGUCCAGCCACCAUGCUUUAGCUUGGCUGGAGGCCAGCAAGGAUGUCAGUGUCAUUGACUUGGUCUAUGGUUGGCCCCUAUAUCAGUUCCAUUGCUGGUAUGAAGUAACUUGUGUUGAAUGCUCCCCAGAUGGAAUGUAUGCUUUCUGUGGGCAGUAUUUGAACACUACAACUAUAUUCCACCUAGGAAGUGGGGAAAAGCUUGCCACAAUGACUUCUGACUUUUCUGGAGGCUUUGUGAAGUCCAUCCUGGUAUUAGAUACAAUCCAUCAAAUGGUAAUGAUUGAUAAUGAAGGUAGUCUUUCCGUAUGGAACACCAAAGACAUUACAAAUCCCAAACUUAUGGAGGACUACGACUGUCGAGGGGAUGACAGUGAAGUCGUAGGUAUAGAACUUUCGGAGGAUCAGAGAUCAAUCCUCAUUUGCAAAGCGAGAAGCAUCGAGGUGCUUGAUACUAAGCUUUGGAAGAUGGCAGAGAAGUUCAAGGCCAAACGCAGUGAGAGAUUUGUGGCUGCUGUUCUGUCAAAGAAUGGUCAAAGUAUUGUGGCAUCCAUGGAAAAUACCUCAUCCAUAUUUGUCUGGAGAAGGGACAGUGGGCAGUGCAUGGCUAGCUUAAUAGAGAUAUCAGGAGCCAUUGUCAAGUUGAUCAAGUCCACACAUCAUAACUUGCUUUUGUCUGUUGCCAGUAGUGGGGUUCUCUCAGUUUGGGACAUUGACAUUAUAACAGCAAUGUCAAACAUUGACAAAACAGGAAAACAAAUACAAAGUGUACAGCUGUCUGGCAGAGAAGACAUGGUCUACACGAUGGAUGGGUCUGAAGCCAUUCAUAAGUGGAACUUCGGCACAGGCUUCAUUGAGAUAGUGUUUAAACAUGAAGGUGUUGUUGAAAACUGUGUCCUUACCACAACUGGUGACCUUAUGGUAACUUCUGAUGACAAAUGUAGCCAAUACAUCUGGCAGACAGCCACCGGUGAGAACAUCUUUCGAAUCAAUGGGCAAAAAAUAUCUCAACUUUUAAUCACCCAUAAUGACCAGUUUGUGGUAUCUCUUUGUGAACAAAAUGCCUCUCGAGUCUGGAGACUCGCCACUGGACACAAAGUGUGUAACAUCCUGGUAACUCUUCAGCAUGCUCUUAUUACCACAGCCAACACUUUCCUGGUUGGUACAAAUAAAAACAAGCUCUUGGCUGUCAGCUUGUGGUCAGGCAGUGUAUCCAAGAAGUUUAUCUGUGAUGAUGGAAAUACGAUCACAACUUUUAAGCUAAUUCCAGACAGUCCAGACUGUGUAGUUUUUAUCACAUCAACAGAGACUGUUUUUAUUUGGAAUGUUGCUGACGAGUCUGUCUGUAGGAGGGUUCAGCUGCCAAGCAACUUCUUGAAGAACUUGGAAGACUUCCAAAUUUCACCAAAUGGAAAGCUGGGAAUAGUAUCCAAGGGAGAUGAGAACAUUAAUGUUCUCGAUCUGCACAGUGGUAAACUCCGCCUAAUUCAUGCAUCAGGCAUAAUAUGGAGGCAAAGGUUGUCACGGGAUGGACGCUACUUGGUGUACAUCUGUUUCCGAAACUGUGAUGAAGAUGACGACGCAGGUGUGGUUUCUAGUUUGAUUGUCAUGAGACUUGCUGAUGGAAAGAGUAUUGGGACCUGUUCUCUCUACAAGACACCGACCUUCUUGUGCCUCUCACAACGAGCACUUAACAUCAUCAUUGGCUUUGAGGAUGGCAGCAUUGGCACCUAUACAGUUGUGGAUCGUGUGGAUGCAGCCCUCAAAAUCAAGAUCGCCACCUCCAACAGCCGCCAGAUUGUUAACAAUGCCUCGCAGAAAGUACGACCUAAGUGCAGCACCAAUACCUUCAAGUCUAUUGCUGAUUGCGUGUGGAGGGAGUCCACUGAAGUCUUUUCUCGAGAUAGCCCCAUCAACGUCUCAGAUAGUGGAGAGCCCGAAUCAACAACCCCUACAAAAAAGAGUGAAAUAGUGCAAUGAGUGACCUUUUUAAGAUGUUAGUUUUGCAGGUAAAUGGGACCAGGUUUGGAUGCAGUUGGUUAAUGUUUACAGCAACCUUGUGACUCAGUUGCACAAUUCAGUUCUCGGGGUAUUACAGUGGUU